AUGGCGUCCACUUUGGUGGAAAGCCCAUCUGAACUAAAUCAACUUUUUAGGGACAUAUCCUCGAAGUUUUCUCCAGCUGAAUCAGAGGAUGUCGUGAAGUCUUCAAAACGAAUUUAUGGAGAGCAAUUUAAAUCCUUGGGAAAUCAAGAUUUGUUGUCAUGUUUGGAUCGUUUGUGUAAGUUCGGUUAUAUAUCGAGUAAAAAACUGACUCUAAUCAAGGAGUUCAUUGCUACAAGAUCAAACAAUGAGCAGGACAUUAACAAAAGAGUUGAAGACUUUGAGACCUCCCACCCAUUGCAGCCUGAGCCGGAAAAGGAAUUACACGGAAGAAUUGAGGAGUUCAAGGAGAUUACGGAAAAACUUAAAAUGAAGCCUUUCGUUGUUAAUUUGUAUGGAUCCGCUGGAGUGGGAAAGACAACUCUUGCCAAGAAGAUUUGUGAUAAAUGGGCGGGGAAGAAAUCUGUCUUUGAUUUAAGAGAAGCUAAAGACAUGACGGCAGUUUAUCUGAACAUCAUGGGUAAACUUAACCUAAACAUCCACAACGUUCGUUUAGAUGUGAGUACUGUUGUUGGAAGAAUUGAUGACCUGUUGAAAGUGACAAGCAAAGGUCCUUCUGUUCUUUUAGUUCUUGACAAUGUGGAUCAUUUCACUAAAGGAAAGGGAAAGGAGGGCGAAGACUUAAGAACUGAAUUUUUAGACUUCCUGGGAAAGCUGUCAGAGUUUGAUGGCAAGAAAGGUUCAUUAAGCGUGCUUCUGACCUCAAGGACUCAACUGAAUAAUUCAGAGAAGGUACCGGUGUUGCUGUCUAAUUUUGAGUUGAAACCUCUUACAGAUAAUUUUUCAGAGAAAAUCUUGGUACCCACAGAAACAUUUCAUGUUGAGGCACAGCAGAAGAAGAAGCUUCUUGACUUCUGCAAAGGAGUCCCGUUGCUGUUGAAAGGAAUAUCUGCAAUUUUGAAACAAAGGAGAAAAUCUCCCAGUGAUCUGAUUGAUGAGAUAGAAAUGAACUCUGAAGAGGAAGCUGGAGUUCCUGUGAAAUCAAAAUAUGAAGAGGAUACAGAAGAAAAACCUUUUAAUUCUGAAGAAGAAGGCAUUGAUGAUGAGCAAAUAUCAGUGAUAAGAGAAAUGUUCUAUACCCUACCAUCUGGCACUUUGAGGGUUUCUGCUGUAUCAGUAUCCUUGUUUCAUGGGCCCUUCACUGCUUCCACUGCUGCCAAAAUUCUUGGUGUUAGCAUGUCCGAAGCAGUGGCACAGCUUGAAGGACUAGUAACCAAUGAAAUUAUUCACGUAAUUGACGAAGAUGCCAAGCAGUUGAUGUAUGACAUUCAUCCACUUUUAAGAAAGUAUGCUGAAAGCAUUAAAAAUGAUGACAUGUUCUGUGACUCUUACACUGAAGCCAAGGGCAGAUUUUACGAGCAAUUCAUGUCAAAGAUGAAACAAAUUGCUGGAUUAAUGAAGACCAGCGACAUCAAAGCAUUCAAUGCGUUUCAAAGAGAUUGUCCAAACUUUGAGUUUGCAAUUGACAUCUCCUUGCUCCCAGAGUACUUCAGUGUUCCUGGUGGAUACCAUGAACUUACAUUGAUUGUAUCCCUUUUUAAUGCUGUAUUAGCUGAAAAGAAAACGAUUGAGGUGUUCCAUUCCUGGGCAGAGAUGUGCCCAAAUGACAGAAAGUUAGGUAUGCAAAAUUUUUUUAAACUUAGUUAGAAUUUACAUUGUACUGUACCAUAAUGAGUCUUAAAAGAAUUAUUAUUACAGUGUGACGUCUUCAACCGGGGCCACCUUAGGACUUUCAACCAAUCAGAAACCGCUCUUUUAACAAAGAAUUAGGCGUGCGGGCCUCAGCGGGAACUGUCCUAUAUAAUUUUUCGAUUGGUUAGUUUCGAUUAUAAAUGUUUUCGCCAUCUAGAAUGGUGUGUCAUAUACACUUACUCGUCUUUCUUGUGUGGCUGCUUUUUCUAAAAUAUACAAGCUGCUUACAUAUUAAAGGACUGGCUAUAAGUAAUAUUGCUCGAUAAGGGGUAUAAAAAAGCUUUGUAUCUUUGGGGGAAAAGCAUUCUGGUUACAAGACAUUGUUUCAAAAUAUCGCACUGUGUUCUUUACUGCUCAACCGAUUUUCUUCUUCCUACAACUAGACAGUCAUCAUUCUAGAUCUGGGUCCAGAAACUUCAUUUGUAAAAAGAAAGGAAGGAUAAGUCUUUCUUUAACAGAAACAUUUGCAUUCAACAAGAAAGAAUAUCAACGGCUGGGCUAGUGCAGGGCCCUGUUUUUAUCGAGAAGACAUGGAGUAAUCCCAAUUUCCCUCUUCGGCUGAAGGGGAAUUCAAACCUUAUAACCUAUCACGUAAUUCAAAGAUAGCGCUAAUAAUAUUAUUACUCCUAAACUUUUCGCUUGCUGUAAAAAACAUUUUUUCUUGCAUCCCUGGAGAGAUAUUUUAGCAACAAGAGAAACAAAAAUGGGCAAGUUUCUCGAUCGUGGGAUGGGAAAGCAUUCUCAAUAUGGUGUUGCCAGACAUUUUAUUUGCACUCUGUAUUUCUUUAACUUUCCUCUGCUUCCAAGUUCUUGAGUGAUUGCACGUUGCUGUUUGUCCAGUAUUUAAGUGAAAUCUGUAUGGUGACUGAUAUUUGCAAACACAACAAACUGUUUUUCAAACACAACAGUUUUGUUAUAGAAAUGGUCUCUGAUUGGCUGAAAGUUCUUAGGUGGCCCCAGUUGAAGUAGCCUCCCAUGCAGACGUUCUUAGGGGUUCGUCACGCGUUCCUGCCCCACAAACGUCUGCUGAACCGAAAGACAAAUUAUUCCUUUCCCAUUGUUUUCAAAUAUCAGCUGGAGAUCACACGCAAUCGGCGAUGUUGAAGUCAAAGUGUUGACAAGCCAAACACAUACAUACAAGCUCUGUAGAGUGUGAUACGUGACCUAAGACUUUUGCUCCAGACGAGAAUCUAGGAGAUAAGUGAUGGGUUGUUGUAUCUCUGUAAAGGCCGGAUUAGAUGUUGUUUGCUCAUAAAGUUGUUCUUUGGGACCCCCUAAAAUCGAAUCUGUCAAAAUAUGAAGUCAUGAUCGUAACCAAAAUUGGUCUAAACUGUCAAAUUAUCUUCUGUCCGAUUAUUUCCACCGAGUUUAGGGUCGAAUGUUAGCAGUAAUUUCCAUCGACUUGCUGAUUUUGCGGCAGAUAGCUUCGAUUUAUUAUAUUUCUAUGAAAGAUUUGAAUCAGUCAUUACACUGCGAGAUAUUUAACAAAAUCUUUCAUUGCAAGUCAAGAAUUCUGAUCCAAGGAACAAAGUGCAUUUUGUUUUCUUUGUUGAAGGUGAAAGAUCACGAUUCACAAGUGGUUCGAGUUUCUCCUGCAGAUUGUUGUUUGGAAAUAUUAGACUGGUUUGUCAGCAAAUAGAUAAGGGGCAAAUGGUGAAGAGGACUUUUAAAUAUCGUUGAUGUAAAGUGGGAAAGGAGUGACCCGAGGACUGAGUCUUACAGCAUGCUGCACAGGAUAGUCUCAGCUUCAGACAUGUUCAGUAUUGACUUGCAUAGUUUGUUUUUGGUCAGUUAGAAACGAUCUGAACCAGGAGGUGAUUACUUCUUUAACAGAAUCUCAUGGUUAACAGUGUCAAAAGCUUCCUUAGAUCAGUGAAAACACUUCAUGAAAAUUAUCCAUUGUCCAUAUUUUGGGGUAUGUUUUAGGAAGAAUGAUUUACAAUGCACCUCACAAUGCAUGUUUGAGAGAGUUGAUUUGUUAUGUCGGAGACUUUAUAAUUAUUAUUGACAUUAUUUAUGAAUAUCUUCUUCCAUUCAAGUUGCUAAGUUACCUUAUACUCUUUUUGGGUUAUCAACAACUGGGAGCAUUGAGAAACUUUGCACCAUCUGCAGCAAGGUGUAGCUCUGGCAGUAAACAUUUUGGAUUUUGACUGAUCCAUGUUGAAGUCUCCCGUUAGAUGAAUAUUUUGAUUUUAUGGCUUAGACAUUCAAGACAAGCAUUCUAAGAACAUGUUAGCGUUAAUGUGUUGCCUGUAAGUGACACCACUUUUAGAUUUCAUGUUGUUAGGCAGUUGAAAUUCGUUCCAAAGGCCUUGAUAAUAAGAAUUAGAGACUCGUUUGCUGAGCGCAGUAUUACAAUUUUGAUCUAUGAACCGGCCAACACUCCAAGCGGAUAGAGGCUUCAGGACUGGUUCAAAACACUAUCCUGCUAGCUGAGGUAUACGAUUGAAAUCCCCCUCACAUAUUAUACGAGUUUCUGUUACACCAGUGAUGGUGACUCCACAGAAUUUAAUUUCAUUUAAAAUGUGAUGUUGAAAUUCUUCAAAUCUUUGAGCUUGGUAUAAUAAUUGUAUGGAGAAAUGAUCUUUUAUCACUGUGUUUUUAUUGUUUCCAUAGGAUUCAACGUCCCAAAGUCAACAAAUUUGAUAAUUUUAAUGCGUCCGUUUUUUGCAGGUUCUUUAUUUUGUGCCCAGCUACAAUGCUGGGAAGCUAGACUGGUCUUUAAAGCUCAGGGUACUCAGAAAGCUUUUGAAGUGUUGGAAAAGGCAUCCACGUCAUUAAAACAAGUUGAUGACAAAUCUACCGAAUCUUUCAAGCUGACCCAAGGGCUCUACUUAUAUUUUCAGGGAGAAAUCUACUACCAAAACAGAGACUACCAGAAAGCCAUUAAAUGUUUAGAGUCCUCUUUAGACCACAUGGAGGGUCCGUUAAAACUUGACACCAAUGUUGCGAGGUGUUACAACGCUCUAGGCAAUUGUUAUUACGGGCUUGGCAGACCGGAGAAAGCUCUUGAGUUCUACAACAAGGCACUUAAAAUGCGAGAAGAAUUAUCCGGCUCUGAUUAUCACUACGACAUGCCCGUUUACAAGAAUCAGAUUGGCACAGUUCAUGAGGACAAAGGAGAGUAUGAAGAGGCAGUGAAAUGCUACAAAGAUGCUCUUGAACUUUUAGAAGAGUUCAAAUUUUUGGGAUAUGAAGAUGAAGCACUGUUUCGUAGAAAUCUCGCCAAUGUUUACGUUCGCCUAGAAAAGUACAAAGAAGCCGAAGAGGAGGCAGAGAAGGCGUUUAAAAUCAGACUUAAAAUUCUUGGAAAUCACCCGGAUACUGUGCGAAGCAUUUUUCAACUGGGAGUUAUUCAAGCAAACUUAGAGACUUAUGACAAAUCCUUGGACUUUUUCUUAAAAGCUUGGAAAAUGGAGAAAUUAUUGGGUGCUGGGAACCAAAGUGCGGUUUGGAGAAACAUUAUCAAAGGCGUCUUUGAUAUGCAUAAAUUCCUAAAGAAGAAAGGUGCCGAAAAAGAAAAAGAAGAGUUUAGGCAAGACGCUUUGGCGUUUUGUGAGCGUUUCUGGAAAGAAAAGAAAGCUUCUCCACAGUUUAACUUUACUCCUUACAAUAAGGAGAUUAUUGAUGCCAUACUAUAUCUACUGGAGAAAAGAACCAGUAUGUUUGGAUUGACAGAUAAGAAAGAAAAAGCUCUCAUAGACAAGUACGAAAGAGAAGCUCUUUGGUUCUAUGAUGGAAUGCAAGGAAUUACCGAGGAAAGCUUUAACAAUGAAUUUGACGGGGCCACAGACAAUAAACUGCUUAAUGAACUGGUGAGAGAGCGAACUGCCUUCUUGGACAAGUUAAUUGAAUUCUGUAGUCGGCACGAUAAGCAUGACAAACUUCGUAAGCACAAACAGGGGAAGAUGGCGCUGUUUAAGAAAGUCCUUGUCAGGUCUGACUUUGUUGGCGAGAAGACACAGGAGAAAUCAACGCUGAGGAAAGUCGUAGAAACUUUGUAUGAAGACUUCGGAGAGAAAGGAAGUAUUAAAGGUUUUCGAGAAAACCUCUUGACAACCUGGCAAAGGCAGUGGGAAGAAGGAAAAGGCAAAGAGGAGUCAAGCGAAAAGUUGUUGGCCAGAUGGAGAAUAAUCAAUGGCAUACUUAAGCUCUGCGAAGAACUUGAAAUGAAAGAUCUUCGUAAGAGAUACGGAAAAGAAGCUUUGACCUUUGGUGAUAGAUUGUUAGAAAGUCGGCGCAGUGAAAUGAAGGAUGUUGAGGUUAAGGGGUUGCUGAGUGAAUUGAAAGAGGUGGCCUCGUCGAUUGGAGAUCGUAACAGAAAGAAUGCAUACCGCGAUGCCUUACAGGUAAAUAUGUUUAGUAAUGCAGCAAGUAUUAGUGUUUCCUGGAUGAACUUGCACCUUUUACCGAUCCACUGUUUUGAUUUGCGGAUGUACAAGGUUUUACUCCAUUUUUGUUUAGAAUAAAUCAUAUUAUAUGUUUUGUUCUUCGUCGUAGGUCUUGGAGGCCGUCGAGAUGAACACCCCCUCUCGACUUUUUCUUUGACAGAGUUGUUCCUCCCGACCUACUGUAACACCAUCAUGGUUCUGGUAGGAUAGUGAAAGGCAAACUUGGAAAGUUUUUGAAAAAAUUGCAUUAUGACUCUUUUGACAAAAAGCAGGUCAGAAACGUUAAACUUAGAAAGUGGUGAAAGCAACAACAAAAGUUUAGCGCCCGUUUGCUAUUUGAAAUAAGUCUGUUACAUUGUUAUAAGGCUGUAUGCUUCAAUGCUUCAUAACUCGACAUUUAUCUGUUUUGCUUGACGUACUUUUGUUAGGCUUUGAAGAAGGAAAAGGAAGCAGGUCCCGGGCUAAUUCAAAAAGGUAGCGUAUGUCAUAUUUUUCCUUCUUUUAAAAAAAACUGCUAGAAACAUGGACAAAAAUGGUCUGUAUCAGAGAAGUUGUUUUGCUUACUUAACCUGUCGAUGUUGUUCUUUUUUGACGUUCGACAUGCAGUUGUCGUCGUGUUACUUUUUAAUUAAGCGCAAACACUGCUUUUAGGUUUGAUAUUCGUAAACGGUUUUUGUUCAAAGGGAGCUAGGUACUUGAUGCCACUCCGAUAAUUUUAUAUAUUAUAUUUGCCAUAGUUAUGGCCUUGUUUUAACCUAGUCAUUCAAGAGUUGACGCCGCAAGUCCUUAGAACAGAAAAAAAACCUUCACCCGAACAAACCCCUAAGAGUGGUAGUGAAGAGGAAGAGGAAUUUGAAGUUGAUGAAGACAUUUGAAGUUGAUGAAGACAUUGAAGCGAUAUCUUCAGGAGCCACUCAGGUAGAAGAAUCUGAGGCAGUGGCCACAGAAGUGUUAGGGGAAGUUUUGGAAGUAGUGUCUGAGGAAGAGGUUGGAGUUGGGUCUGAGGACGAAACUGAAGUCGAAGGUGGUUACGUAACUGUAUUCGG